AUGGCAGAGCUGUGGGAGACGGCUCCAGGGGCGGGGAGGUCUCGGCAGAGAGUUCAUUCUCAUAGAAAAGCUCCUCGGUUUAUGUUGGACCUGUUUGACGCAUUGGCUGACUCUAACGGCGGCUCGCGGUAUGCUGACAUGCGCGAGGGGAACGUGGUGCGGAGCUUUCGGGAUAAAGGCAACACCACCACGGGCCAGGCGAAUGCAGCAUUCCAUUACUUCCACGUGAAGUCGCUGAGGAAUAACGAGAAGGUUAUACGAGCGGAACUUCGAUGGCAGAACCGGAGAAAACAGCCGUCUUUGUUGCGGACUUUGUCUGGACAUCACUUCUACAAGGUUGAGCUGUACGAGGUUUUGGACAGCAGAGUGCACCCGUGCAGAGGAAAUCUCAUCAGCUCCCGACUCCUACCGACGCACGCGCAGGGCUGGGAGGUUUUCAACGUCACUCAAACUGUGUCCAAGUGGGUUCACAACAGCGACACUAACCACGGGCUCCUGCUGGUAACCAGCCUGCCGUCGGGGCGGUGGUUUGAGCCCGUGCCGCCAACGCAGGGGGGUGGAGACGGAGACGCAGACGCAGACGCAGACGUGUCAGCCCACCUGGUGGUGUAUUCGGAUGAUGGGAAAAGAGCAUCUAUUUCGGACAGUUCCCCUCAUAACGUUUCAGUGCUUGAUAGUGAUGAAAUUAAAUCACCGCUGAAGUCUCUUGAUAGCUCCAAAAAGCAAGAGAGAAAACGGAGGAGCGCGCGAAAGGUCCCCUUGACCUCGUGCCACAGAAAAUCUCUCUACGUGGACUUCCAGAAGAUCGGCUGGUCCUCGUGGAUCAUAUCGCCGCGAGGUUACAACGCCUAUCACUGCCAGGGCUCGUGCCCGUUCCCGCUCAGCGAGAGCCUCCGCGCCUCCAACCACGCGACGGUGCAGUCCAUCGUGCACGCGCUACGUCUCUCCGGUGGUGAGGUCGAGAGCCCGUGCUGCGUGCCGGACAGCCUCAGCGCCAUCAGCCUGCUUUACUUUGACGACGAGGAGAACGUGGUUCUAAAACAGUACCAGGAUAUGGUCGCUGCCAGCUGUGGUUGUCAUUAGUAACGUAUUAAAAUAACACACACCGCCUUCAUGGCGUUGAAUCCAGUCGGGAGAUUGUAAGAACAAAAUCACGCACUUGUGAUUCGAUGACGAAUUGGACAAUUUGCAAAACAACAGUGGACACAGUUCAGUCCGGAACACUACUACCGUGGGGCGUCCCUCUCUACCUUCAAGAAGCUUUUGAAGACCC